UAUGUCUGUGAAAUUUUGAAAUGUGUAUAAAAUAUACAAAACAUCUUUGCCUAGUAAAAUAAUGUUUCGUGCCAUUAGAAAAAAAUACAUGAAGUUUUCAAGAAAUAUUCUCAUAUUUAAAAAAAUUGUGACAUUCAAAAAAUAUUUAUACAUUUAUACAAUGUAAAGAAAAUGCUGCAUAGUUUAAAACAAUGUUUAUUGCCAUUAUAGAAUGUCCAGCGUGUAUUUAAAAAGAAUGUUGACCAUAUAUUCAAAAAAGAGUUCAUAACAUGUGUUUAAGGAAAAGUACAUAAUGUAUUUGAGAAAUGUACAACAUGUAUUAGAAAAAUGUUUCAUUCAUACACUAAAAAUGUACACUAAGCACUGAAAAAAACAGACAUGUGUUGAAAAAGACAAAAAAUGAUGGAAAUCAACGAAGAAACAUAAGAAAACUGAGAAAAACCAAAGUAUAACAAAGAACAAAAAAAAUCGAUGAAUAAACAACAUAAAAUAAAUAAAACCAAAGAAAUACAGGUGCCAAAGAUAAUGAAACAAAGAAAACAAGAAAAUAGGAGAAAACCGAGAAAGAAACAAAAAGUUGAAGAAAACCAAAAAAGAAAACAAAAGAAAAAUGAAUCAAAAUCGGGAAAGAAAUCUGUCCAGAAACAAAGAAAAACAAAAAUGGAAGAAAGAAUGAUGAAGAAACAAAGGAAACUGAAGUAAAGAAAAAAAAAGUUCAUCAAUUUUGAGACAAAAGUUCACAUAUUUUUCUCAUGGUUUUGAAGAAAGAUUUCGGAUUUGAAUAGAUUCACACAUUUAAGAGAAGAGGAACAAAGAAAAAAAGAAAAACCAAACAAAGCCGGCCCAAAAAAGAAAUAAGAAAAGAGCAAAACCCUUCCAGAAGCAUUUAGAAGCUCCCCAAAACAGGCCGGAAGCUUAUAGAAAAGUUCAUAAAACUGGCUGGGUUCGAACUGCACAUGUCACAAAGGUGGAACGGGACCUGUGCGUGGGAAUUACCUAUUCGCUGCAUUUUGCGAAAAAAUAGUCAGGCAAUCGCACACCCCGAUCGAUUGAAUGGGCUGCCCCAUGGGAGCGUGCGAGCCACCGGUUUUGUCAACCUUCUGAAUAGUCCUCACCGUUUUUGGGAUCCUUCUAGAAGUUUGCUAAACUGCGUUUUCUUUUUCUUCUUCAGUUUUGAUCUGGUUUUUAUUCUUUGUUCAUAUUUUUUUCCUUUUUCUGUUUUUUUGCAAAUUUCAAAAAAUGUUUGACAUAUUGGAAUAUUAUUCUUUAAAAAAAAUCGAAAUUCCUUUUUUGCUUUAAAUUUUUUGUUUGCAUCUCCAAAAAUAUUCAGAAUUUUAAAUUUGUUCACGUUGUCAAAUAAUGUUUGGAGUUUCAAAAUGUAAUCAUAUUUUCAAAAUUAUUUGCAAUUUCAGAAAAUGUUCAGAAUUUCAAAAUGUGUUCACAUUCUUAAAAAAAAUUCAUAGUUACAAAAAAAAAAUUAUGUUUUAUUUUUUUUGAAAAUUUAAAAAUUGUACAUAAUUUAAAUUUUUGUUCUCACUCUUCCAAAAUAUUGCUUGGAAUUUGCAAGUGGGUUCUAAUUUUUAAAGAUUUUUCAUGUUUUCAAAAAAUGUCUCCUUUUAAAAAAUAAUUCCAAUGUGCCGCUUCGAUGUGUUCCUAAAAGACUCGCACUGCCCAUAUAUCAUAUAUCACCAAGAGCUAACAACUCCAGUGGGCUAGCAGCACACAUUCAGGAUUAGAGGGGCGUGUGUUCUUUUCCUUGUCGGCUCCUCCCUCCUUUUUGUGACUUAAGUCGUGUUAUGCUUCGGUGCCUGUUUGUGGGCCGGCCCAGUCGCGGGUCCUUUGUGUGUCUGUGCGCUGGACAAGAGAGCAACUAGUUAACGAUCGCUCCUUCGCAAGCCUCCCAACGAUUACUUGGAGUUGGCCGAGAGCGCGUCACUUGAAUGUUUUCCUUGGAUUUUAUUUUUUAUUUUCCGCACGCAUUUUCGGCUUUUUAGACGGGUUUUUGUUUUUCAGUUUUUUUCGACUUUUAUCUUUCUUAGCUUUUGGACCAAAAAAAAAUUGCGAGAAAAAAAUGUCUUUUACUUUCACGAGAGGCACAUGCCUCUAGGAAACGGGAAAACACACUUUUUUUUUCAUUCCACGAGAGGCACGUUUUUUCUUUCGCGAGAGACAUGGACGUGCCUCUCGGAAACGGAAAAAACGUGUAUUUUUUGCUUCCAUGAGAGGCACGGCCAUGCCUCUUUUGGAAAGGGGAAAAACGUGCACCGGGUUCAGUUUUUUCAUCUGUUUUUUUAAGUUCAUCAAAAUCUAUCAACAUGGGAUCUAAUUUUAAAGAUCUCGAUGCAAAGAAUGCAAUGAUGAAAACGGUUCGAGAUUUGGACGCACGGUUUAAGAGAUAAAACAUUUUUAAAAAGAAUCUAUGAUAAAGGAAAAAACUUUCAGGCGCACAUGCAGUGCAUCACUUAUCGCAUCCUGAUGGUGGGAGUGAUCUUUGAAAGGAGUAUUUCUUAUCUUUUUUAGGCAAACGGAAACGUGGAGAACAAGAGGCCGAGCCCAUUGGAGGAAGGUGCGCGCUAGUUUGUGCAAACACCAGUAACCGGCGCAGCGGGCGCCGAAUAGGGUUUGCGCGUGACACGUGCGAUCUAUGGGUUUUUUUCUUUUUGUUGAGGGUGCGAUCUAUGGGUUCGAUGCAAAUGCGCUUUCGAUUUUGGUUUACGUAACCGGUUUCUCCUCUCGUCCUCACCAGUCUCCGUCCCCAUUUCCCCUUCUUGUUCCUUCGUCCCGACUCUUCUUCCUCUAGCCUGAUCGGAACGAGGAAGACUUUGAGGGGUUUUGGCCGGCCGGCGAUCAGGCUCAUCGACCAUGACCGAUGUAUUCCAGGGCUACGAGCGCCAGUACUGCGAGAUCUCGGCCUCCCUCUCCCGCAAAUGCACGGCCGCCGCCUCCCAGGAGGGAGAGAAACUGAAGCAAAAGGCCUCGGAGAUCAAAUCCGGCAUCGAUGGCGCCGAGGCACUAGUACCCUUCUUCUUUGUAACCAAACAUAUCUCAGUCCAAACAAGUUUUCUGAGGAAUUCGAUUGAUUUAUGAUAUCUCAAGGGAGGGGUUUGUUUUUUGCAACGAUCAGGAAACUGUUUACUGUAUGAAUAUACAAGAUAGAUUACCUUAUGGUAAUAGGUUAGUGAUUGCGUAAUUGUACAUGCUGAGAAAUGUCUGGAUGUGGGUUUCCUUUUCUAGAUAAGGAAGAUGGAUCUUGAAGCAAGGAACCUCCAGCCGAGCGUGAGGGCCGGGCAACUGGCGAAACUGAGAGAGUACAAGUCGGAUCUUAACAAUCUGAAGGGGGCGUUGAAGAGAAUCACUGCUGGUAAUGGCCAACAAGGGGCGAGAGAGGAGUUGCUGGAGUCAGGAAUGGCAGAUACGUUGGUGGUAUCUGCUGAUCAAAGGUCAAGAUUGCUCAGGACAACGGAAAGGCAAAAUCAGACAACUGAUAGGAUCAGAGAUAGCCAUAGAACUAUGCUGGAAACAGAAGAGCUUGGAGUCUCCAUCAUGCAUGACUUGCAUCAGCAGCGCCAGUCUCUUUUGCAUGCUAAUGAUACGGCAAGUAACAUUUCUGUUAAUUCUCCCUAUUUGUCAAUUACUUUGUUUCUGCGCAUUAUUCAUUUUUCCAUCGCAAAGUAUUUGUGGACCCCAAAAUAGUGCAUAGUUUAUGCAGGUUGCUUAAUUCAAAUCAUGUUGAAUAACUUACCAUGUGUCGCCUCUGUGCCUUGAUUGUAUUGUACUCCUGCUGUCUUAAAAUGUAAGACGUUUACAUUUUGAGACGGGGGGAGUAUAUUACAAGGAGUAUCGUUUUCGUCUAUAGUCAGUUUACAAGCAAAUAUCUGUGCGUAGAUGGCUGUAAAUAAACAGUUUACAUAUACAUAUAUAUAUAUAUGUAUAUAUAUAUGUGUAUGUAUCUGUAUGCUUUAAGCCUUUUUAUAUAUGUAAACUGUUUAUUUACAAGUGCUAGAAGCAGAACCUACCUUACUUUACUAGUUAAUUACAUCUACAGGUUAUUUACAAUUGAUCAGGUAAAGGAAUAACACAAGCAGUGCAAUUUGGAUGCUAGCAUGGUUCUUCGUAUCAGGAAUUCAAAUAUAGAAGGCGAAAAUUAUCUAACCAUAUAUAAACGGGUCGCAAUGAUCGUAGGCAACAUAAUAAAUCUCCUACGCCCAAUCUGAAUCUACGAAACAACGCUUUAGAAUCUGCGGAUGAACACACGAUCCAACAUGGCGUGUCUGAGAAACACCGACGGAUCGGCACACAUAUUCCGACUCCCAACGAACCAUCCAUCGAACAGAUCAAAGGAACCGAAAUCGCAUCAAGAUUCCACCAAAUCUGAACUCCCUAGGACGCAAGCCGAGGCGAUCUAAACCACAAAGACAACAAGGUAACGCAUCUUCUCUGGACACACGACGCGCAGGCGGGGGAUCAAUCAAUCCGGCAUGGUGGUGAUGAGAUAGGAGGAUUACGCGC